ACCCCUCCUGUUGGGGGAAAAAGCUCUGUCUCCUCUCUCUGCAGUUCUUUCCUUUGUCUUCUGCGAUUUGAGUUCUUGUCUUCCCCCCUUCAUCAAUGGAGAAGAAUUCAGCAGUUAUAUCGCUAACUCUAGAAGAAGAAGUCGAGAAGGUCUUCAGCAAGUUCGACACCAACGGCGACGGCAGGAUUUCACUGACAGAACUCGGCGCCAUACUCAACGGACUCGGCUCCGCGACCCCCGGCGACGAGGUGGCGCGCAUAAUGUCGGAGUUGGACACCGACGGCGACGGAUUCAUCGACUUGAACGAGUUCAAGGCGUUCCACUGCGGCGGAGGAGAGGACAGCAACAAGGAGCUGAAGGAGGCGUUUGACUUGUACGACAAGGACAAGAACGGCAAGAUCUCCGCGAGUGAGUUGCACUCCGUGCUCCGGAGUCUGGGGGAGAAGUGCUCGCUCAAGGACUGCCGGAGGAUGAUCAGCUCCGUCGACGUCGACGGUGACGGAUGCGUGAAUUUUGAGGAGUUCAAGAAGAUGAUGACUAGGGCUUCCUCAUGAAUUCUAGUUACCUCCUUAGUUUCCUUCUUCAAUUUCUCGGAAUUUUAAGUAAGAUUUUUAGGAGUAGCAGCUUAGUUACUGUAUAGUCUUGAACGGCUCUCCAUUUUUCUGGAAGCACGGAAGGAAGUUGUUGCCAUUAAUGUCAAUUUCGGCGGAAAAAGCGGUGGUGGAUAUAUCACGAGUCCGUUUCCAAUCUCAAUUACCUACUUUUUAUUGCUUUUGCUUGUGAUUGAUUGGGUGGUUGGAAUGGUAGCAUUAUCACUCAACGCGGAAUUGGUAGAUUUGUUGAUUGGAAAUUGAUCGAUCAACGCGCUUAUCUUUUGAAUGUGAUGACAGGAUGAUCUUGUGCCUUUAAUUCA